GCCGAGGAACUCCCGCCGGCCGCCCGGCGCUCUCCCGGAGGCGCGCCCGAGCCGCCGCGGCCGCCGCCAACAUGGCCGAGACGAGCGAAGAGGUGGCGGUGCUGGUGCAGCGGGUGGUGAAGGACAUCACCAACGCCUUCAGGAGGAAUCCGCACAUAGAUGAAAUUGGCCUGAUCCCAUGCCCUGAAGCUAGGUAUAACCGGAGUCCCAUAGUCCUGGUUGAAAACAAACUUGGUGUGGAGAGCUGGUGUGUCAAGUUCCUCUUACCAUAUGUCCACAACAAGCUCCUUUUGUACAGAACAAGAAAGCAAUGGCUGAACAAAGAUGAACUGAUAGAUGUCACAUGCACCCUGCUGCUUCUAAACCCAGACUUCACCACUGCGUGGAACGUAAGAAAAGAGCUCAUCCUCUCUGGUACUUUAAAUCCAAUUAAGGACUUGCAUCUGGGAAAACUGGCCUUAACUAAAUUUCCAAAGAGUCCAGAAACAUGGAUUCACAGGCGAUGGGUGCUACAACAGCUCAUUCAGGAAACCUCCUUGCCUUCCUUUGUGACGAAAGGAAACUUGGGAACAGUUCCUGCAGAAAGGACCCAGAGACUGAUCCAAGAAGAGAUGGAAGUCUGUGGCGAAGCAGCAGGCAGAUACCCGAGCAACUACAAUGCCUGGUCCCAUCGCAUCUGGGUUCUCCAGCACCUGGCCAAGCUAGACGUGAAGAUUCUUCUUGAUGAACUCUCUUCUACUAAACACUGGGCAUCCAUGCAUGUUUCAGACCACAGUGGAUUUCACUACCGCCAGUUUUUGUUAAAGUCUUUGAUUAGCCAAACUGUGAUAGAUGGUUCUGUAUUGGAGCAAAACCCUUUGAGAAGUGAGCCAGCUCUUCUAAAAGAUGAAGAAGCAGCAGCUUCAACAGAGGAAGCGACGAUAAAUCUUCCCCGUCUUCUAGAAGAAGAAGUUGAAUUCAGCACUGAUCUUAUUGAUUCCUACCCAGGACAUGAAACCCUUUGGUGUCACAGGCGGCACAUUUUCUACCUUCAGCAUCACUUAAGUGGUAGGUUUCCUCACAGUGUGACCCAGUUGUCACCUGCAGACAGCCCUGGGGGGACUCGGAGUGACUUGCACCUCAUCCCAGCAGGCCCACACAUGUCUCAGGCCAUGGAGGUAGAUGGGCUGAAUGACUGUAGCAAGCAAGGCUAUUCCCAGGAAACCAAACGCCUGAAGCGGACCCCAGCUCCUGACUCCCGGGGCCUGGAAAUGGAGCAUAGGUUCAUCGAUCAAGUAUUGUCCACCUGCCGGAACGUAGAGCAGGCCAGGUUUGCCAAUGCCUACAGGAAAUGGCUGGUUACGUUGAGUCAGUGAAAGACGUAGAUUAGUUCUGCAAGGUCACCCUUUUAGUGCAAUAUUGCUUUCCUUUUUCCUUACAUAGUUGCAUGAACUGUUUGCUAUGAUGUGGUCUUCAUCUUUAGGUUAAAAGUCCGUAGUAAAUCUUUCAUUUAUUUAUUUUGUUAAGAACUGGCAUUCCUUUGGGGAUAAAAUAACUGUGUAGUUUCUUCCUGCUAAACAGUGAGUCUUAAUUUUUUUUUUUCUUAACUUCUCAUCCUUUAUAUUUCUAUACGUGUAGCUUCUUCUCAUUUGGUUCUCCUGACUGGUUCACAGACACGUCUACCCCACUCAGUGCAAUUGCUGCAUAGGCUGGUUGUUUGUUUGUUUGUUUGUUUUUAAUUAAAAAUUUAUGUUGUUCAGCUUUAGAAUAAUACAAGCUCAAAAUUACUCAUAUCUAAUUAUUGUUUUGAAAAUCAAGUGGCCAGAUAGAUGGAUUUGUGAAAAUAUAAAUAAUUUCUUUUUCUCUAUUCAAGUUAUUGACCAAUGUAACCAAAGUCAGAAGUAUUGGAAUUUAUAUAAAAACAUGCUUCCAAUGUGUAAUCCAUUUUAAAAUGGUUAUUUUAAAAGAGAAAUGAAUUUUAAGAGUUUAUGUAAUUACAGGACUGGGAAAUUAUUUUUAUUACUGGUUUUGAUAGAUUCUUUUUACCUCAAAUUUGGUAUAGGCCAAAAACACUCAAGUUAGCCCAUAUAAACAUCAUUUGUUGUUUAAACCUGAAAUGUCAUUUUUAGUUCCUACUACUUAUUUCCCUUUUAAAUUCGCCAUGAAAAGUGGGGGAAAUAUGCAUGGAAAUGUAUCCAUAAAAAUCUUUCUUUUUAAAAAUUUAAGUUCCUGAGGAUAUACUUAAACUACAAAAUUUUUAUGAAGUGAUUGUUAAAAGUUUGCUGGUAAAUGCCAGAGGAGAGAAAAGCUUUUGAAGAUUAGUUCUUCAACCUUUGUUUAAAAAAAAAAAAAAAAAAAAAAAAAAAAAAAACUUAAAGACUUUGAUAUUAAACUUAUCAGGGAUGAGGUACCAAAGUAGCCACCUCACAGCUAUAUCUUAUCUUUUCAAUAAUAAGGGCUGGGUUUUUCAGGUCUGUGAGGCAGGGUGGGAAAAGGGCCUGGUAAUGUUUACUUUCUUAAUAUAUUUUCCCCCAUGUAAAUGGUCUGUGUUUGUUAUUUCCUCUCCACAUAUCCUUUUCUUUAUUUUUCAAUCCAUUCCAUAUUUUUUGACACUUUCACUUUUGUAUGUUUUUCCUUAAUUGUCUUAUUUUGAGGAUGUGUACUGAAGAUACUCUCUGUCCUCUUUCCAAUGAAUUUCAUACCCCAUUAAACACACACACACACAAAAUACUAAAAUGAACUGCCCCUCUAAAAGUUCCCCUAAUGACAGAAACUGCCUAUUGUCCUAUAUGUGUGCGGAAUGUAAUAGUGGCCGAAGUAAGUGUGACCGCCGUACUUUGCUUGCUCUCCUUUUUCCUCACUAGGUCACCUGUAGGGUGAGGGGACAGACCUAGGGAAAGGCAGACGUCUCCUGUCUUCUCUUAUGGAAACCCUGGGCUUGAGAGAGGCACACUGCCUUACGUUUAGGAGAAGAAUGAGUUCUUCUAGUGCAUCAUGAUUUUGAUGAGUAGCAAACUGUCCGGUAAGACUUAAGAACACCAGAAAAAUUGGUCAGCCUGCCUCUUGGUAGACAGAACCUGCUUUUCUCUCUUGGGGCAAAAUUAACCUUUUGUAGUUUUCAUAGUAUUUAGGUAAGAAAAUAACUGUCAUUUUGAACAUAAUUCUGUGGCCCUUUGUAGACAAAGCAUAUUUUGAAUCAAAUACCUCAAGGUCUACCGAGACCUCUAUGGAUAAAACCAUUAGUUUGUGAUUUUCAGCACCUGCAGGGCAUGGUGGGGAGACCACACAGAGAGGGCGUGAGAGUCAGCCCAUUCCCCUAAAUACAAGCCGCCAAAUCCUGGCCUCACUCAGUUUACCUUUCUUCCACACAUCAGUCUGAGCAUCCCAAGUACUAGGGCUUCUUAUGCUUUGAGGUGAGAGUGUCAGGACAGGAGUAGAGAUAAGACCCUGUAAAACAUCAGCUCAGUUUGAUCGCGGCCCCACCUUUUUAUAGCCUCCACCUUUGAUGUGAUCUGUCUUCAUGUGUUUUAAGGCCCUUAAUCCACCCCUUUAUGAAGCCAUGCAGUCCUAUAAGAUACCUUGGUUUCUUGUCUUCCUAAUAAUGUUUUGAGUAGGGACUAAAAAUACAAAUAUCUAAAGGAUGUUUACUGUUUGUGACUUUUAUGUGCUACUUUAUUUCUAAAAUUUGCAUUUUUCAAGUGUUCAUUCACAGAAGAACCUAGUAUUGCCCUAUAUGGUUGUGUUUUUCUCUAAAUGGUUGACAUCUACACUCAUUAGCUGGAGCGUGAUAACAUCUCUUUGGAUGAGUUUAUGCAGUGGAAAGGUGUGUCUAUUUUCAGGGACUUGUCAGUCUUUUUUUUUUUU